AUGGAAGGUUCAAAGAUAGUUGAGUAUGUGCAGAGAUUUCACGAUUUAUCACAAGUUGCUUCGCAUCUGGUGGAACCAGAGUUUAAGAGGAUCGAACGCUUCAUCGGGGGAUUGGCACCCCAGAUUCUAAGCCUGGUGACAACAUCUAAGCCUUCAACGAUCACCGAUGCUAUUGACUUAAGUAUGGCGCUCACUGAAGAAGCGGUUAGACUAGGAAAAUUUUCCACUACGGAAGAGAAAAAGGAGAUUCAUGUAGAGCUAUCUGGAGAUAACAAGAGAAAGUUCGCAAACUUCAAGAAGGGUACUCGGGUGAAUAGCAAGAACAGGGCCAAAAAGGGAAAAGAAUAUGGAAAAUAUGAAAACUGUGGCAAAGUGGGGCAUGUCAAGGAAACUUGUAGGCAAGGUACUGAACGUGGAAAUGGAGGCCAAGAUGGUAGCAAGAAUCUCGAAGGAAACAACGACAAUAACGAUUAUCAAGGCAGGAAGGGUGACAAACGAAAGCGUGCUCAAGGUUGUUUUAACUGUGGAAGCAAAAAGCAUUUCAGAAGAUACUGCCCUAAAAACAAUCAGGCACAAGGGUGA